GUCGGCUCACAUUACGUUGAACUUGACGGUAAGAAAAUCACAAACCUAGAAAAUCACUACAAGAUCUCUACUUCGAACUAGUAACCUCACAGGUGAUAAAAUACUCCUCUGCUUCUAAUGAACAUCGGAGCAAAGCCUUGUUGUCGCUCUCUCUCGUCACUCUCCUCACUAUUCAAACCCAAGACACAAAAGAACGUACACAAAAACACCUGUCUGAUCCAAACCGAGCUUGAAGUUGAGGUACGCCGAAGAUGCAAGACUGGUCAACUAAACCUCCAAGAAUCUCUCCUUUACUUCGAAAAACUCUUAAAGACAAGACCCAUGCCUUUAGCCGACACAUUUAACCACCUCUUCUGCUACGUCAUGAAGCUUAAAGGAGCUUCGGAAGUGAUCUCUAUGUACAAUAGGAUGAGACAACAAGGCAUUGUUCCUGAUCUGUACACUUGCAACAUUUUGAUUAACGCGUUUCGACAUUUGGAGAGAGUCGAUUACGGGUUUUGUGUUCUGUGUGAUGUUAUGAAGAGAGGGUUGGAGCCUGACUUGGUAACAGUUGAUUGUUUGGUGUGUGGGUUGUGUUCUCAAGGGAAAGUGGUGGAUGCGCUUAAGGUGUUCGAUGAAAUGUGUGAGAGAGGGAUUAAGAGUGAUGUAACUCUCUAUAGGACUAUUAUCGGUAAGCUUUGCGGGGUUGGUGAAACGGGUAGGGCUGUGGAUUUGCAUAGAAGGAUGAUUGCUGCUGGUUUCGAGGGAAAUGCGCUUACUUACGGUUUUAUAAUCAGCUCCUUUGUUAGAGACAAGUUGAUCGAUGAAGCAAUGUCAGUGUUUGGAGAAAUGAAGAGGAACAGAGUUUCCCCUAACGUUUCAUCUUUUGGACUGAUUAUUCAUUGUUUGAGCAGCUCAGGGGGAUUGAAGGACGCGCGUGGAUACUUGGAUGAGAUGAUUGCUCAAGGGAUCUCUCCUGGUCUCAUUGUCUAUAACUCUCUUGUUUAUGGACUAUGCAAAGAAGGAAUGUGGGACGAAGUUGCGGAGAUGAUCAAUGAAAUGGUGAGAAGAGGGAUAUCACCGGAUGUUUGUACUUACAACACUUUGAUAAGUCGUCUUUGCAAAGACCAUAAGCUGGAUGAAGCUAUUGAUGUGUAUGGCUCAAUGAUUAAUAAAGGUCCGGAGCCUAAUUUACAGACAUAUAACACGCUGUUGGAUGGUCUAUUCACAGGGUGUAGGUAUACAGACGCAACUAAACUAUUCGAGUCGAUGAGGCAUGAUGAGGUUGAGCUUAAUGUGGUUACUUACAACAUGAUGAUCAGUGGCUAUUGCAAGUAUGGGAAGCUUGAGGAAGCCGGCGAGCUUAUAAGGGAAAUGAAUUGUAAAGGUUUGAAGCCAGAUAGCUAUACAAAUAUGUCACUGAUCCGGUUUGUUAACCAAGCUGGAGAUUCAGAAGUUGCCAAAGAAGUCUUUGAUGUGAUACGCAAGUCUGAUUCCUCUCCACACUUACAUCAUUACACUGCUCUAAUUGAUGGUCUGAUUAAAAAGGAGAAAAUAGAUGAAGCAAGAAAACUAUUUGAUGAAAUCUUGGACAAGGGCUUGGUGCCAGAUGCUGUAGCGUACAGUAAUAUGAUCAUGGGCUGUUUCAAGUAUGGUAGAACGAAGGAAGCCAUAGAGCUCAUAAGAAGAAUGGGAAGUGAAGGGAUGAGACUUAGCGGUGCUCUAUACACGAUAAUGAUUCGUGGUGCAAGCCAAGCCGGGAACUGGGACAUGGCCUUAGAAAUCUUUGAUGCAGCUGGUCAUGCUUCAAACAUAAUCCAGUUCAAUAUUCUCAUCGAUGGUCUGAUAAAAAGUGGUAAAUGGGAUGAUGCAAAGAGACGUUUUGAUGAAAUGUCUGACAAGGGUUUGGUGCCUGAUACCAUUACGUACAAUACAAUGUUCAGUGGCUAUUGCAAACAAGGAAAACUAGACGAGGCCUUUGAGCUUAUAAGACGCAUGAAACGUGAGGGGCUGAAACCAGACAGUUACACCUACACUUCACUGAUACACGCUUCUUGCCGAGCUGGAGAUUCAGAUGCUGCCCAAGAUAUCUUCAACUCAAUACGCAAGUCUGGUCAAUCCCCAGACAUAUUUCAGUUCAAUGCUCUCAUCAGUGGUCUAAUAAAAAAUGGGAAACUAGAUGAUGCAAAGAGACUCUUUGAUGAAAUCCAAAACAUGGGAUUGGUGGCAAAUGUGGUAACAUACAACAUAAUUAUUGAUGCCCUCUGCAAACAUGAGAUGCUAUCAGAAGCCAGAGCAUUGUUCUAUGAAUUAGAGCCAAAGGGUUGUUCACCUGAUUCUAUUAUGUUCAACACCCUUGUAAGUGGCUUCCUUCAACUGAACAGGGUUAAAGAUGCUGUCCCGCUUCUUGAGAACAUGCUCGAUAGGAAAUUCAUCCCAGACAGUGUGGUUAAACAUAGACUGCGUCGAGUUCUUGCUCGUCCUGAUGGUCGUAAAGCCCUUCAGCCACUUCUAGACACUUAUGGUGAGAGCAUCUUCGAGAGAAAAUCAUUGUAA